CCCGUGACGUCACAGGCCGAGCGGGGCUGAGCUGUCCGGUGCUGAAACAAGAUGGCUGUGCGGUGAAGAGCGGAGCACCGAGCAGCAUCAGCAGCAGCAUCAUCAUCAUCAGCAGCAGCAGCGUGAAGAGUGUGUGAAGUGUGUGUGUGUGAGAGAGAGUGUGAGCCCGGGCUGGAUCAUGAGUGUGUGGUGGUGGUGGUGAGCGUGGGCGCUCGUGCAGAGCAGCGGGAGAGGAGAGCGCGCGGAGAGCUCGAGCUGCUGCUGCUCACAGCCAUGUCCCUGCUUUGUGUGGGGGUGAAGAAAGCCAAGCUCGAUGGGCCCCAAGAGAAGUUCAACACAUAUGUGAGUCUGAAGGUGCAGAAUGUUAAAAGCACGACAAUCGCAGUGCGGGGCAACCAGCCCAGCUGGGAGCAGGAUUUCAUGUUUGAGAUAAACAGGCUGGACCUGGGCCUGAAUGUGGAGCUGUGGAAUAAAGGCCUAAUAUGGGACACCAUGGUGGGCACCGUCUGGAUCCCCCUGCGGAAUAUCCGCCAAUCAAACGAGGAGGGUCCAGGAGAGUGGCUGACGCUGGACUCGCAGGUUAUCAUGGCGGAUAAUGAAAUCUGCGGCACCAAAGACCCAACAUUCCACCGGGUGCUACUCGACACACGCUUCGAACUGCCACUGGAUAUCCCUGAAGAGGAGGCUCGAUACUGGGCUAAGAAACUGGAACAGCUCAAUGCCAUGCGGGACCAGGAUUAUUCUUAUCAGGAGGAGCAGGAGAGGCCUCUACCCGUUCCAGGGACCCAGUGCUGUAACUGGAAUCUAUGGGGAGAUCAACAAAAUGAAGAUCCAGACAGUGCAGUGGACGACCGGGACAGUGACUACCGCAGCGAGACCAGUAACAGCAUCCCUCCUCCAUACUACACCACCUCCCAGCCCAACGCCUCCGUCCACCAGUACCCCAUGAACCAGAACCGCACCUCCCGCACCAGCUACUCCCACUCCAGCAACAGCUGCGACAUCGACUACGACCACCACCGAGCCGUCAGUCCGACAGGAAGCUACGCAUCAUCAGCAGAGCUGAGCCACUGCAGUUCCCAGCUGAGUGAGGAGUAUGGUGAGCGAGAGCUGUAUGAAGAGAACGACUCCUACCACUCCUGCCAUUCCUCCGUCUCCUACAGCAAGGGCUCCCCCGACUGGGACCCGGACGAGACGCCAGGCGCGUACAGCGACGAGGGCGGCUACAUUAAGGAUGGUGGUGAGGAGGGAGCCCUGUACGAAGAAGAGGAUGGUGACCCUUAUACUGAAGAGGGUGACCUGUACGAGGGUGAAGAGGAAGACUUUAACUAUGAUGACGAAGACUUGUACCCUGUAGAUGAGAUUCUCAGUGAGGACCAAGAGCCUCCGUACACCCCAACCCCAACCAGCACUGCCCCAACUCUGGGCGUGCCGUCCACAACCAGGCCACCACUGGAGAAGCAAGCAUCUCUGCACCAACAACCACCACCACCACAAGGACACAAUGCUAGUCAACCACCUAGCCAAGUUCCAACUCAACCACCCAAUCAAAUUCCUGGUCAACCGGCUAAUCAAUCCAUUCCAGCACAGCAACAACAACAACCACCCAACCAGGCUCAAGCCAAGCCCCAGUCCCAGCAGCCUCCAGGACAGAAACCCCCUCUCCAGCAGCAGUUCUCUUCAUCAGGCCCCAUUCCCUCUGUCCAGUCUUUCUUCGCCAUGGCCAAGCCUUUGACCACUGUGUUUGGGUUUGGCAGCUCUACGCCCCCACAACCUCCUGCACCUACAACCCAACACCAACAGCCACAGCCACAAGCCCAACCUGUAGCCCCUCAACCCCAACAACAUCAACAACCACCACCAGUAGGCCAGAAUUCUGCCCCUGGCACCCAACAAGCCCCUCUAACUUCUGCCAAAUCCCAAGAAUCCUCAACUCAAUUAACUCAAGACCUUAUGACCAACUCCCAAGCUCAAGCUCAGCCAGCAGCCAAGAUCCCUACCCCAACAGAAGAGAUGCAGAUCGCUGAAGAGCUUCUGGUACCCGAGGAGCCAACUCUAAGGGAUGAGGAGGUACCUGUAGAAGAGACUCCUCUGGAAGAAUUGAGGGAUGAGAGCAUUCCUCCUACACCACCACCAGAAGAGGAGGAGCAACUGCCCGAACCAGAGAGAGAGCCAGUGGUUGAGGAGGUGAAGGAGCCUGUGGAUCCUGCACUAAGAGCUAAGGAGAACUGGCUACGGCUUUUCAACAAGGUCCGGCAGCAACUGCAGGAGGCACGUGGAGAGUCGGACUCUCAGUCUCUAUGGUUUGGAAAAGGAGGGAUGGGCGGAGCUCUGUACAGUAUAGACAGCAUGCCUGACCUGAGGAAGAGGAAAGCCAUCCCAUUGGUCAGAGACCUGGCUAUGUCUUUGGUCCAGAACUCUCGUAAAGCUGGGAUCACGUCUGCCAUGGCGUGCAGCACACUCAACAACGAGGAACUGAAGAGUCAUGUGUAUAAGAAGACGCUGCAGGCUCUGAUCUACCCCAUCUCCUGCACCACGCCCCACAACUUCGAGGUCUGGACGGCCACCACCCCCACCUACUGCUACGAGUGCGAGGGGCUGCUGUGGGGCAUCGCCCGGCAGGGCAUGCGCUGCUCUGAGUGCGGAGUCAAAUGCCACGAAAAGUGCCAGGAUUUGCUGAACGCCGACUGCCUACAGAGAGCUGCUGAGAAGAGCUCGAAGCACGGCGCAGAGGAUCGCACUCAGAACAUCAUCAUGGUGCUGAAGGACCGCAUGAAGAUCCGCGAGCGCAACAAACCAGAGAUCUUUGAGCUCAUACAGGAAGUGUUCGCCGUGGCCAAGGCAACCCACGGCACUCAGAUGAAGCAGAUCAAACAGAGCGUGCUCGAUGGAACCUCCAAAUGGUCAGCCAAGAUCAGCAUCACAGUGGUGUGUGCUCAGGGUCUGCAGGCUAAGGAUAAGACCGGCUCCAGUGACCCUUAUGUAACCGUACAGGUGGGAAAGACCAAGAAGAGGACCAAGACUAUUUAUGGAAAUCUGAACCCCGUCUGGGAGGAGAACUUCCACUUCGAGUGCCAUAACUCGUCAGAUCGUAUAAAGGUGCGAGUGUGGGACGAAGACGAUGACAUUAAAUCUCGCGUGAAGCAAAAGUUCAAGCGUGAAUCGGACGACUUCCUGGGCCAGACUAUCAUCGAGGUUCGGACCCUCAGUGGAGAGAUGGACGUGUGGUACAACUUGGACAAGCGCACAGACAAGUCGGCCGUAUCCGGAGCCAUCCGCAUGCACAUCAGUGUGGAGAUCAAAGGGGAAGAGACUGUCGCUCCAUACCACAUCCAGUAUACCUGCCUGCAUGAGCACCUGUUCCACUACACCACUGAAGAGCAGAACAGUGGUGUGGUGAAGAUUCCCGAAGCCAAAGGAGACGACGCCUGGAAGGUUUACUUCGAGGAGACGGCGCAGGAGAUCGUUGACGAGUUCGCCAUGAGAUACGGCGUGGAGUCCAUCUACCAGGCCAUGACGCACUUCGCAUGUUUAUCUUCCAAGUACAUGUGCCCGGGUGUUCCAGCCGUCAUGAGCACCCUACUGGCCAACAUCAACGCUUACUAUGCUCACACCACCCAGUCCUCCAACAACGUGUCCGCCUCCGAUCGCUUCGCCGCCUCCAACUUUGGGAAAGAGAGAUUUGUUAAGCUGCUGGACCAACUGCACAACUCUCUGAGGAUUGACCUCUCCAUGUACAGGAAUAACUUCCCUGCCAGUAGUCCUGAGAGGCUGCAGGAUCUAAAAUCUACUGUGGAUCUUCUCACCAGCAUCACCUUCUUCAGGAUGAAGGUUCAAGAGCUGCAGAGUCCUCCUCGUGCCAGUCAGGUGGUUAAGGACUGUGUGAAGGCCUGUCUGAACUCCACGUAUGAGUACAUCUUCAACAACUGCCAUGAGCUCUACGGCCGAGAAUACCAGACAGACCCGUCUAAGAGUGUCCCUCCAGAGGAGCAGGGCCCCAGCAUCAAAAACCUGGACUUCUGGUCUAAACUCAUCACCCUCAUCGUUUCCAUUAUAGAGGAGGACAAGAACUCCUACACCCCCUGUCUGAACCAGUUCCCUCAGGAGCUGAAUGUGGGGAAGAUCAGUGCGGAGGUCAUGUGGAACAUGUUUGCUCAGGACAUGAGAUAUGCCAUGGAGGAGCACGAGAAGAACCGGCUGUGUAAAAGCGCAGAUUACAUGAACCUUCACUUCAAAGUCAAGUGGCUGUAUAACGAGUACUGCAAGGAGCUGCCCUGCUCCAAAGACCGCGUACCCGAAUAUCCUGCGUGGUUUGAGCCGUUCGUGAUUCUCUGGUUGGAUGAAAAUGAAGAAGUAUCUAAGGAUUUCCUGCAUGGUGCCCUGGCGAGGGAUGCAAAGGAUGGGUUCCAGCAAACAUCCGAGCAUGCUCUAUUCUCCUGCUCUGUGGUGGAUGUUUUCUCUCAACUCAAUCAGAGCUUCGAGAUUAUCAGGAAACUGGAGUGUCCUGACCCCCAGAUCGUCGGCAGUUACAUGAAGAGAUUCGCCAAGACUAUUGGAACUGUACUCCUGUCAUAUGCUGAUAUCAUUGCCAAGGACUUCCCCAACCACUGUAAUAAGGAGAAAGUGCCUUGCAUCAUUAUUAAUAACAUCCAGCAGCUGAGGGUGCAGUUGGAGAAGAUGUUUGAAGCCAUGGGAGGAAAAGAUCUAAAUGUGGAAGCCAGUGACUUCCUAAAGGACCUUCAAGUCAAACUCAAUACUGUGAUGGACGACCUCAGCAGAAUCUUUGCAGUCAGUUUCCAGCCCCACAUUGAGGUGAGCAUAAGGCAGAUGGGUGACAUCCUGAGUCAGGUGAAGGGAGCCAAUGUUCCUGCUAACGGGAACGGCAGCCUCGCUCAAGACGCCGACAACGUGCUGCAGCCCAUCAUGGACUUCCUUGAUAGCAAUCUGACUCUGUUUGCUAAGAUCUGUGAGAAGACAGUUCUGAAGCGGGUCCUCAAAGAGCUGUGGAAGCUGGUCAUGAACACCAUGGAGAAAACCAUUGUUCUUCCCCAACUUACGGACCAAACGGGCACCCAGCUCAUCUUCAAUGCUGCUAAAGAGUUGGGACAGCUCUCCAAGCUAAAGGAGCACAUGGUGCGAGAAGAGGCCAAGGCACUCACCCCUAAACAGUGUGCAGUUAUUGAGCUGGCACUGGACACCAUAAAGCAAUACUUCCACGCUGGCGGUGUGGGUCUGAAGAAGACGUUUUUGGAGAAAAGUCCGGAUCUGAAGUCUCUGCACUACGCUCUCUCACUCUACACCCAGGCCACGGACAAACUCAUCAGGAAAUUCAUCCAGUCACAGCACACUCAGGUCCAUGGAGGUAAAGGGGUGAGGUUCACCCCCAGUGAGGAUGUUCUACCAGAGAAGGCCGCAAAUGUGGACGACCCCGUGGGCGAGGUGACCAUGACCAUAGAGGUUCUUAAUGACCCCAAUGGAGGAGGACACAAAAUCAACGUUAAAGUGGUUUCAGCCAAUGACCUUCGCUGGCAGACCCAGGGCAUAUUCCGCCCCUUCGUGGAAGUGUACAUCAUUGGGCCUCACCUCAGCGACAAGAAGAGGAAGUUCGCCACCAAGUCCAAAAACAACAGCUGGUCCCCGAAAUUUGUCGAGUCUGUCCAAUUUUCUCUGGGCAGUGAGCUGGGUCCUGAGGGCUAUGAGCUGCACGUCUGUGUGAAGGACUACUGCUUCGCGCGGGAGGAUCGCACCGUGGGCAUGGCAUUGGUGCAGCUGAAAGACGUGGUGGCGAGGGGCAGCGGGGCUUACUGGCUGCCGCUGGGUAAACGGGUACACAUGGACGAGACGGGCCUGACCGUACUGCGCAUCCUCUCCCAGCGCAACAACGACGAAGUGGCCAAAGAGUUCGUCAAGCUGAAGUCCGACCAGCGCUCGGCUGAGGAGGGGCGGGGCAGCUAGAAGCAAAGAUACAAUUGGAUGGGAAAGACACACAAAUACAGACAUACACACAGACAUGCACACCAGUAACCAAACCAGUCAAGCGGAGGUCAGUCCAACACUUCGCACAGUACAGACUCCAAUACUUCAGUACAGAUCCUACAGUAUUGUAUCUCUGUACAGAAAACUAAAGCAAUGAGACCUGGUUCAAGCAAAUAAUGAUGUCAGAGGUAUAGCUCUUUCAUCUUUGCCUUUUUUGUCAUAUUUUAAAAGGGAAUUCAGCUGUGAUGCGCUUUAAUCAUCAAAAGGAAUCGUAUCGUCGUUGUCGC